CAGAUAGGCCACAGUUUAGUUCGUGUGCUGCCACAAGCAAUUCAGUAUUUUAUGAUACGCAAACAAGUGAAGGCAUACGACCGACAAGCCACGACAAGAACGACGGCAAAAGAAAGUUUUAUUUCUUUAAAACCUCUCAUCACAUCAACGCAACGCAGAUUUUACGGCGGUUAAAUUAUAAAAAUAUAAAAAUUAAUAAUACAACAAUUAACCGAAAAAAAAAACUACAACAACAAGAAGAUUUACAAUAUAGCUAAUUAGCAAUAAAUUAUUGCAAUUAUUAAUUAAAACAAAAAAGAAUAAAACAACAGCGAUUUGUGUGGAAAAGUAGAACAACAAACAGCAGUUAAAACAUUUUUGGAUUAUCUCAUAAUUAAAGUGGAUUGUCUCAUAUCUCGAUUUUGCAUAAAUCGAUAAAUCAAUCAAUCAAAUACUCCGACGCUCACACAUCAACAUUUUCUCAAUUGAGCAUAAGUUGAAGUUCCUCAUUAAGAGAAGGAGAGUGGCAAACAAAGUGUUGUGACAAUAGCUCACAGAGUAAUCAAGGUUUAGUGAACUGUCAUUGAAUGACAGCUGACAAAUAAUUAAUAAACAAAAAAGAAAUUGACAAAUAACGGGCUUUAAAUCCCCCCAAAGAAGAAUAUCCAAUAAUAACAAAAAAUAAACGAAGAGAGCAUUAAAAGAUUUUGCAACAAAACCAAGACAACAACGCGUGCAAGACAAGAAAAAUAAAAAAAAACGACGAAAGGGAGAAAUGAAAAACAAUUGAGUGUUACAGAAAUAGAAAUUAUUGCAAAUGAAAAAUGAAAAAAAUGUAAAACAUUGUAAAUAAUAAAAAAAAAAAAAACAAACAACAACCACAAAAAUUAUAAAAUAAUACCAAACACCAAGUGUUCUUCGCCACCAAUCAUCCCAGUGACAAUCUAUUUCUAACCUCAAAAUUUUCUUCUUCUUCGAAAAACAAGCCGCGUGACCCACACCGCCAUCACCACCAUGGUUUCCUUCUACAACACCCUACCCUAUACGCAAAAACACAGCGCCAAUUUGGCCUACUCCGCCGGACAACCCUGGCAAUGGACGGCCAAUUAUCAUCACACGCCACCCAAUCAUCAAUAUCUGAGCGAUAUGGAUUCAACACAUGCCGCUGCGGCCCAUCAUCAAAUGUACUAUAAUCCUCAUGCCAUGUAUCAUUCGGCCACAAAUGCUGCUGCGGCCGCCGCCUCGGAUUGGCAUUCCCCUUCGUCGGCGGAGAAUUUCUCACAAAAUUCCCAAUUGUUGAGCCAACAACAUCAACAGCUCCUAAAUGGUACCGUCGUUGGUGGCGGUGCAACACCAUCAUCAUCGUCGGCCAGUGCCAGUAGUACAACAUCGGCAGGUCCAGCGUCUGGCAGUACGACACAAUUGAACGAGACCGUUAGCAGCAUUGGCGAUGUCCAGCAUCCGCAGCAGCAACAACAGCAACAGCAGCAGGCCCAGCAACAGGCUCAUCAUCACAUCACCGAGGGAUUGCCAUCACCGCCCAUUACCGUUAGUGGCAGUGAAAUAUCCAGUCCGGGAGCCCCAGCCUCAUCAUCAUCGCCGAAUCACAUAGCCCAUCAUUUGAAUAAUAACCAUAGUCCAUCGACGGCCAAUAAUAACAACAACAAUACCAUAAAUCACAACAACAACAAUCGUUCGUCACCGGUAAAAUCGCAUCAGUACUACGAUUGGAUGAAGAAACCCACAUAUCCGGCCCAGCCAGCACCUGGUAAAACCCGCACCAAGGAUAAAUAUCGCGUUGUCUACACCGACUUUCAGCGUUUGGAAUUGGAAAAAGAGUACUGUACAUCACGCUACAUCACCAUACGACGCAAAACCGAAUUGGCCCAGACGCUAUCGCUGUCAGAGCGUCAGGUGAAGAUAUGGUUUCAAAAUCGUCGCGCCAAGGAACGCAAACAAAACAAGAAAGUCAGUGAGCCCAGCAUUGGCGGUGUCCAGCAUCCCGACUAUGCCAAUUUGAUGGAUACAAAACCGAAACUGGAACCCGGUAUACAUUUGCAACAUUCCCUGCAUUCGAUGGCAGCCAUGGGUAUGCCAGCAAUGCGUUUACAUCCACAUUUGCAUGGGCAUCAUCAUUUGGCUGUGAGUGCUGCCCAUUCACAUCAAUUGCAUCAAUCGCCGCAUGCCCAGAUAUCAGCGGCUGUGGGUAGCCUAUCGAUGUGACAACCUUAUGCGACAAGCUUAGAUGGCGGCAGCCUAGUUUGCCCAAAUAGCAAUAAUCAUAAUUUUAUUAAUAAUCAGAGCAGCAGCAGCAGCAACAACAACAAUAGUAGCGGCAGCAUCCACCAUGGAGGUGAUGAGGAACAAAGUAUUUUGCAUGAUCUAGCAGCUGUGGCGUUGGGCGCCGAUGAUGUUGAAAGUGCAUUGGCCGUUGUGGCGGCAGCUGCUGCUGUCACUGGCGCCGACGGCAAUGACAAUGUUAAUGGUGACAGUACCGUCGGCGGCGUUGGCGGCCAUGAAUCAGCAUCAUGUCUAGCAUGCAAUAAUCCAACCUGCCCUAGUGAAUUAUUAUUACCACUUGGCCCAUCGCACUGCCACACAGCUUAGAUAUAAAGCACAGGAGAGAAUCACACCUGCACCCAGCCACAGCCACAGUGACGAUUGGUCAAUAUCCUAACAGGGUUAUAUAAAAUUUAAUGUCUAGUUUUAGUGUUUAUUUUUUGUUAGUUUUUAAGUUCCCCAUAGAGUUGGGUGGCACCCCGAUAACACCUUGUGGCCGAUAAUGCAAGUGUAUGCGUGUGCGUGAGAGUGGGAAUGUAAUCAUUUUGUCUGUAUGUGUAAAUAGUUGUUAUUUUAGUAUGUCAACUGCAGUUGAAUAUUGCACGUGUUGUCUUUUGUGAUUGUAUAUUCCAACUGUUGUUGAGACGUACUAAUUUAUCGUCCCCCUCCCCCCCAUCUCCCUACUUUUCCCUGAAAACCCUUUGUGUGGUUACAUUCCUUCUCCUGCACACACCUUGCAUUUUUGGCAAUGUGUUAUGUUUUUGGCCAUCUCUUCUCCUCACCACCCCCAAUCCCCCUUUAUAUUAAGUAAAAACCAUUUAUGUGUUUUUUUAUUAUUAUUGUUUUUUUGUUUUGAGUUUUUUUAUUUUUAGUUUUUUUUUUUGAGUUAUUUUUAUUUAAUUUUUUGUCAUCAUAAUAUUGAACAAGAAAAAAACAAAUAAUUAAGCUAAUAUUAAGUUUACUACUACUACUACUAUGCCUUACAACGCACACACACACACCCAUACAUAGAGAGAGAAAUAUCAAACAUUUGUAGCCGUCCUUUAAAAAAAAAAAAAACAAAAGAGAUCACAAGAAACCACAACUCGUAAGAUUAAGUUAAAAAAACUAAAUAAUAUUAAAUUAAAAAGGGGGCGUAAAGGGUUAUAGGCGACGAAAUCGUUUUCUACUACCUCCCACAAAUGGUUAGGUUUUGAAAUUCCAUUUGGUUUUCCUUUAACUAUUCCAAUUGGGAAAUUUAAAUUUCAAAUCGAUAGCUUACAACCCAAAACGCCUCCCACCCCUCUUUGUAAUUAUAAGUGAGAAAAAAACCAACAACAUCAAUUAACGAAUUUUUGUUCAAUACUGUGCAAUUAUCUAUAACUACAACACACUUCUACCCCCACCCCCCCUCACUUACUUAUCUUAUGUAAAUAUGACCCCUCCCAGAACACAAAUGAAUUUCUAGUUUCUAUUUCUACUAUUUAUGUGGUCAUUCUUUAUUUUUUAAUUUUUAAAUAUAGCCUAUAUUUAAUUAACGUUUAUUACUUAUUAAAUAAUAAGAAACAAAUUAGCAACAACAACAAAAA